CCCAUUUCCGGUGCGACGGUGACAUGUGUCCGAUAGAGAACUGACAAAAAUGUAAUCGAGUUUCUGCUACUCGUUAACUCUUAAACUUGUAUUUCUUUUGAUAUAAAUAGACGGAAUGUCAAAUUAAUGUCGGCUAAAACGAACUUGUCCAAAAUGGUGUCGUGGAUAUCUGCUUUGUUUUUACUGUCAGUGGCGGCAGCAGAUGAAAUGAUAAAUAUACCCGGAGGAAAGAUGUUAAUGGGAACCAGUGCAGCUGAUGGAAGAGAUGGAGAGUCCCCCACCAGGGAGGUUGACCUGCAACCUUUUAAAAUGGACAAAUAUCCUGUAACAAAUGCCGAUUUCAGAGACUUUGUGAGAGCACAGAAGUACAAAACAGAAGCCGAGACGUUUGGUUGGAGUUUUGUGUUUCAAGACUUUGUGUCAGAAGAGCUGAAGGGCAAAGUCACACAGAGAAUUGAGUCUGCUCCUUGGUGGCUGCCUAUAGAGCGGGUGUUUUGGAGACAGCCUGCAGGACCUGGUUCUGGCAUUCGGGAGCGUCUGAGCUUCCCGGUGGUUCAGGUGAGCUGGAAUGAUGCUCAGGCCUUCUGCCUGUGGAAGGGCAAGAGACUGCCUACUGAGGAAGAGUGGGAGUGGGCUGCUCGAGGGGGGCUGCAAGGUCGGACUUAUCCGUGGGGAAACAAGUUCCAUACCAACAGAACCAACCUGUGGCAGGGAACAUUUCCAGAUGGCGACACUGCAGAGGAUGGAUACCAUGGCAUCUCUCCCGUCACAGCAUUUCCUCCACAGAACAGUUAUGGACUAUAUGAUAUGAUGGGAAAUACAUGGGAAUGGACAUCCACACCCUUUCCAGCAGCACGCCCAACGUAUGUUCUGCGAGGUGCCUCCUGGAUCGACACAGUGGACGGUUCAGCCAAUCAUAAGGCACGAAUCACGACCAGGAUGGGCAACACUCCUGACUCUGCCUCUGAUAACCUGGGAUUCAGGUGUGCUGCCAGCGAUGAACAGAAACAAGGGAAGAAAAAAGACACAACGGAGCUGUAGCAACAAACA